GCGGCGCGGAGGCAGCGCCAGCGCCAGGCAUGGCCGACCCGCUCCGCAGGACGCUCUCCAAGUUGCGGGGCAGAAGGUCCCAGCGAGGCGCGGCGGCGGGCGCCGGGCACCGCCACGGCGGGGUCUGCGCUCCGCAGGAUUUCAUAGAAAAUGUUUACAUAGCUUCGAGAAGCAGGAAGGAGCCCCCAUGCCCCCAGGCCAGCGAGGUGCCCGAGCACAGGCCGCAGGUGAACAGCAUAACCGUUUCCAAGAAACGCAGCUGGCUGCAGCAGAGCACCCACCGACGCCCUCCUCCUCCUCUGGAAGAAGAAGAUGCCUGUAAGGAAGUGCCCGGGGCUGUCACCCCGGUACCCAGGUCUCCCAUCCCGCUGCCCGAGCCCGCCGUGCCCUGGGCUCCCUCCACAGCGGCGGCGGYGCGGAGCUGUGCCCUGCCGAGCCCYGCCGCGCUCAGGGGCCUGGACUGCGGCGAGGAUGGCGACGCCGAUGAUGAAGGAGAAAUAUGGUACAACCCGAUCCCUGAAGAUGAUGAGCCCGACCUUCCCGGGGUCCCCCCUUCUGCUGUGAAUAGCCUUGUUGCUGUGGGCUCCCCCUCAGUUCGGUACAAAGCCCACCAUGGGGGUGACUCUGGGAUGGCCCCAAAUCCCCAGGAGGGCCCCACACGCUCCAUGGACAGCGCGGGGAGCGGCUGGAUGGCGCAGGCCGGUGAGGGGAGCCCGGCGGAUGCCRCACAUCCCGGGGAGCACACGCAGCAGCACCGGCAGAAGUUUGCCUGCAAGGUUCCCGGUGUGCCAGCAGCAGAGGACAAUCCUGCCUUUAAGUGCCCUUCCACAGGGUUUGGAGCUACUCUUGCCCACAAGCCUGAUAUACCCUCCACAGAGGUUUCUCCUCCUAGUCCCAGUCCUCUGAAAAAAAGUGGAUCAAUCAACUGGCCUUUCCCUGAUAAAAUAAAAUCUCCCAGGACUGUGAGGAAGCUUUCCAUGAAAAUGAAAAAGCUGCCAGAGCUGAGCAGGAAGCUAAGUGUGAAAGGAACUUCAAGCCAUAGUAGUUCAGAUAAUCCUCCUUCUCUGCUGAAAGGUAGCUGCCGGGAUACAAGCCAUACAGUAUCUUUGCCUUCUUCGGGAAACUCRACCACAGCUGCCAGCAGGAAUGUGAUAAGUCGUUACCAUCUUGAUAGCAGUGUGUCCUCACAACACACCUACAAAAAAAAGAGCUUAAGGAGCUCCAAAUCCUUUAACAAAGGUGGUUACCUCAGUGAUGGUGACUCUCCUGAACUCAUAACAAAAUCAGGUAAACACAGRCAUGAAGCCAAGUGUGGGAAAGGAAAGGAGAGUCUUCCAAGUAACAGUGGUAAACCYGAAAUAGAUAUUGAUGCCUUCAGACACUACAACUUUUCUGAUCAACCCAAGUGCUCUCAGUACAUCUCUGGACUCAUGAGCAUUCACUUUUAUGGUGCUGAAGACUUAAAGCCACCACGAAUAGACUCAAAAGAUGUCUUUUGUGCAAUACAGGUUGACUCAGUAAACAAAGCAAGGACUGCCCUGCUUACAUGUAGGACAACRUUUCUAGACAUGGACCACACAUUCAACAUAGAAAUCGAAAAUGCUCAGCACUUAAAGCUGGUGGUGUUCAGCUGGGAACCCACCCCACGGAAAAACCGAGUGUGUUGUCAUGGAACUGUGGCUCUCCCCACUCUCUUUCGGGUCACCAAAACGCAUCAGCUGGCUGUCAAACUGGAGCCAAGGGGGCUUAUUUACGUCAAGCUGUCACUCAUGGAGCAGUGGGAGAACUCUCUCGAUGGCCUUGACACAGASCGGGAGCCUGUGAUGUUUGGGGUAGAUGCUCGAAAAGUUGUGGAGAAGGAAAAUGCAGGCUUGAUGGUGCCACUUUUGUUGCAGAAAUGCAUUCUGGAGAUUGAGAAGAGAGGCUGUCAGGUGGUGGGUCUGUACCGGCUCUGUGGCUCGGCAGCGGUGAAGAAAGAGCUKCGGGAGGCGUUUGAGAGGGACAGCAAGGCUGUUACCCUCUGUGAAAGCCAGUACCCAGAUAUUAAUGUCAUAACAGGUGUCCUAAAGGAUUAUCUGCGAGAGCUGCCCUCUCCCCUGAUAACCAAGCAGCUCUACGAAGCAGUGUUGGAUGCCAUGGUGAAAAAUCCCUUGAAAAUGACAGCAAACGGUUGUGAGAAUGACCCGAGUGACUCUGAGCACACAGCAGCCCUUCUGGAUUGCCUGCCAGAUGUUGAGAAGGCUACCCUGAAGAUGCUGUUGGAUCACCUGAAACUGGUGGCUUCYUACCACGAAGUAAAUAAGAUGACGUGCCAGAAUUUAGCUGUGUGCUUUGGCCCUGUGUUACUGAGCCAGAGGCAGGAGACCAACCAUAACAACAGAGUCUUCACAGACUCAGAGGAGCUUGCUAGUGCCUUGGACUUCAAAAAGCACAUAGAGGUUCUUCACUAUUUACUUCAGUUAUGGCCAGUUCAUCACUUGCCUGCCAAAGAACCAGCACAUGUGAAUGCAUUUCCUGAGCACUCAUCCUGCCUGAAUUACCUGCGGCCCAAGAGGCAGAGACCGCAGCUGCUGAAUCUGAGCGGUACCGAGAUGUCGGGCGUGCUCAGACCACGGCCAGCAGGGCUGGACAGCCCGUCGAGCAACCGCUAUGCUGGGGACUGGAGCAGCUGUGGGGAGAGCUACUUCCURAACCCCAGAGACUGCCUGAGCGAGGCUGACUACGAUGACGUCCCUUCGGAGGACACGGAGAGCGGYGAUGACAGCAGCAAAGCCGAGGAGCCGGAUGCCCCCAGCAGACGCCCACAGCCCGUCCCUGGAGAGCACCCCUUUGGGAGCUACCUGACAGUGCAAGCUAUAGACUCUGCAGUGGAUCACAGAGCACACCUCAAGGACCUGCAGGAAAGUAUUGAUACUCUCAUAGGAAACCUGGAAAGGGAACUCAAUAAAAACAAACUAAAUAUGAGUUAUUAAAUCCUGUCCUGCAUGAUGUCUCCUCCUUGUGCCUCCAUGCCCCUUGAUGGGCUUCCCUAGCUGUGUGAGGACUGAUGGUGCCCUGUAACACCUUGUGGUAAGGCCGCAGCCCACCUCGGGUGAGCACAUUUUAAGCCAUUCCRUAAUGUUUCUGCCUUUUUGUUAGGAGGCUUUGUCCUGAUUUUUCUGUUGGAGACAAGCUUUGACUGUGAUGUGAUUCCACAUAGCGGCAUUUCUCCCUAAAAACACUAUGCACUUAGGUGGCCUGGGCAAUACCUGGUGGAAAAUAAAGCAACAUCUCUGCUGUCAGUGGCAGCAGAACUCCUCAAUCCUGAAAUCCUGGCUCCGGUACAGAUGUUCCUCUCAGAAGAGGAUGAGUGCUGCUUGGCCUGAGUUUUGCAGCAGGAACUUCAGAUAGACUUGUUUUACUAUAUAUGCAAUGGCUGCUAUGAAAAAUGCUUUAUAUAAUAUUUAUAUAUAAAGUUUUAAUUGUACAAAUAUUAACGUAUUACUGUAUUAACACUUUUCAGUAAUUAUUUAAACAAGCAAAAAUAAAUAUUUUUCUAACCUUGUUUGUAUAUAUCUAUGUAUAAAUGUGCAUGUGUCUGUAGCCAUCUUUGGAAAGGAAAGGUCUCAGAAUUAUGAAAUGUUCCCAUUUCUAGGAAGACAUGUUCAGUGAUGCCAGGACGAGGUUACCCUUUGGGUAACACAGCGUUUGAUUUAUGCACAGAAAUAUGGCCAGGGAGAAGGUAGGGUGAAUGAUUAACGGAAAUGACCUUGUGUAUUGCAGGAACAGUUUGCAGGUGUUGACUAUUAACUCUCUCUCUCACACACACACACACACACACACACACAACGCUUUCUGUGUUUG